UGACAGACUUAUUAGGCCGUGCGGGGAUGCUUGACUGCAAGUCUCUCACCACACCUGCUGCUGUCACAACUUCAGUCGUCCCGACAGCAUCCACAUAUGAGAACCCAACACACUACCGGCGUAUUGUAGGGGCACUGCAGUAUUUGACGAUAAAACGCCCAGAUUUGUCCUACUCCGUGAAUCGCCUAUGUCAGUUCAUGCAUUCACCUACUGAUGAACAUUGGGGCAUAGCAAAACGGGUGUUACGCUACAUUAAAGGCACUAUCAGCUAUGGCUUACGCAUUACUCCGUCAACUUCUACUACUAUACAGGCCUUCUCAGACUCAGACUGGGCAGGAAGCAACGAACAGUAGCACGAUCAUCC